UUUGACGUCAUCACUGCGCGACCAACCACUAGCCGGACAACCGGGCUCGUGAGUGAGGAGCGUUUGCUGUACUACUGCCUUAAUAUGAACGGGAAGUAUCAUGGAGAUGGAUAGUUAGAUAGAGCUGGUUGCGUUACCUUUCCAUAACAGAAGCUGACGUAUACAUGUGAAUAUAUUUAAUAAAACGUAAAAAGUAAAAAAGAAACAGCUUGGUAGUAGGGCUAGCUUUCUGUUUAUUGCAUCAGAAAGUAACGUGCCAGUGUGUGAAAGCCUGACAGUGAUAUAUAUAUAAAUAUAUAUAUUUAGUUACCUGUGUAUUUAAAGAUCUCCUGAAACUAAUAUUCUACUCUUACAACGUUCGCUUUACGGCAUUGAUAUUGCCGGGGAGCAGUUUCUUGUGAAAUUUCCAUUAAUUUAAUUGUAUAUUGGUGGUGCUUGCCUGUCAAAGGAUGGACGAAGGAGAGUUGGUGGAGUACUUUCGGACGCAGAUGAGACAGGACCCAGAUGUGGCUUCUGCCGUGGCAGCGAUCCGGACGCUUUUGGAGUUCCUGAAGAGAGACAAAGCUGAGACGCUGCUGGGCCUCAGGGAGAAUCUGACUCAGGCCAUCGACCGCCUGGCUGGCGUGGACUCCUCAGUGGCUGUCUCCUCAGGCGGGGAGCUCUUUUUACGUUUCAUCAGUCUCACAUCACUGGAAUACUCAGAACUUUCACAGUGUAAGAAAGUGAUGGUGGAGCGGGGCGAGCUAUUUCUGAAGAAGAUCUCCCUCUCCAGGAGCAAGGUUGCAAAACUCUGCCAUACCUUCAUCAAAGAUGGAGCGAAAAUCCUGACCCACUCCUCGUCCAGGGUGGUUCUGAGGGUCCUGCAGAACGCAGCCGCUGACAAGAAGCGCUUCACCGUCUAUGUCACCGAAUCACAGCCAGAUUCUGCCGGGCAAAAGAUGGCAGACACUCUAAGGAACCUCAAUGUCCCCGUUACCGUGGUGUUGGACGCGGCAGUCGGAUACAUCAUGGAGAAGGUGGACCUGAUUAUCGUGGGGGCCGAAGGGGUCGUGGAAAGUGGUGGAAUCAUCAACAAGAUUGGCACCUACCAAAUGGCAGUGUGUGCCAAGGCCCACAAUAAGCCCUUCUACGUGGUGGCAGAAAGCUUUAAAUUUGUCCGGCUCUACCCUUUGAACCAGCAAGACGUGCCUGAGCGGUUUAAGUACAAAGCAGACACCCUGAAGACGGCAGAGAAUCUGGCUGAGGAGCACCCCAUGACCGAUUACACGCCCCCCUCCCUCAUAACUCUCCUCUUUACUGAUUUGGGUGUCCUCACUCCCUCAGCCGUCAGCGACGAGCUCAUCAAGCUGUAUCUGUAAUAGACUUGACAUCAAUGAGUUCAGCCAACAUGGAGAAAUAAAGAUCUUAUUGAGUUAUGACACACUGUUCAAUGAUGUACGGCCACUUGCAAACAGGAAGUGAUGUCAUUGCACCUACUCAGCUCCAUUCCCAGUGACACCUUUACUACUUGGUGACACAGCAUUGAUAGAAUGCAAAUUCCUCAUAUUUGGUUUAUCAGCUUUUGUCCUUGCAGACUGCUGUGUGUUUAUGGUGAGGCAGUUGGCUGCUCAUUUUGAACUAAUUACUCUAACCAAACCUGCCGAUUCGACUUUAUAUUGUAAUAAUGUUUCAAACGUGUGUGGACCACACACGUAGCUGUUGUGUAAGGAUGAGUGUGUGUGCUUGUUUUUAGUUACUUGAUUAAUUGGCUGUAGCACCUCUAUGAUCCCAAUAAUCUAACCAAGGUGGUCCUUUAAUCUAUAAUUAUGUAAAGUUGGCAGGCAAUUGUAUAACAAUUACUUUUAGGCCUUUAAUAAAUAAAACAUGUUCAUC